UUUCAUUUAAUUAUAUAUAACAAUGGUUGUUGCUACUAAUCUCGGUUUCCCUUAUGUCGGUGCUAAGCGUGAGCUUAAGAAGUCUGUCGAAGCUUUCUGGUCUGGAAAGAUUUCUUCUGAUGAACUCAAGACUGCUUACCAAGGUAUCCAAGAAUCUCACUGGAAGUUGCAAAAGGAACAAGGUCUUCAACAUAUUCCCUCUGGUGAAUUCACUUUGUACGAUCGUGUUUUAGAUACUGCUCAACAAUUCGGUGUUAUUCCCACUCGUUACCAACAUAUCAAGGAUCCUCUUCAACAAUUCUUUGCUAUGGGUCGUGGUAUUCAAAAGGCUGCUACCGAAACUACUGAGAAGAUUGAUGUUCCUGCUCAAGAGAUGAAGAAGUGGUUCGAUACCAACUACCAUUUCAUUGUCCCUGAAUUCGAACCUACUCAAGAGUUCAAGCUCCAAGCUCCUCGUUCUGUUGAACAAUAUAACACUGCUAAGGCUCUUGGUAUUGAGACUCGUCCUGUUAUCGUUGGUCCUGUUACUUUCCUUCAUCUUGGUAAGACUGCCAAGGGUUUCGAGGAAUUCGAUACUCUCUCUCUUCUUCCCAAGCUUAUCCCUGUUUACAUCGAACUCUUGAAUCAACUCCAAGCUGCCGGUGCUGAAUGGGUCCAAAUUGAUGAGCCCGCUCUUAUCUUUGAUUUGCCCGCUAAUGUUAAGGCUGCUUUCGAAGAAGCUUACAAGGCCAUCAAUGCUGCUACUUCCAUCAAGACUUUAGUUGCUGCUUACUUUGGUCGUGUUGAAGAUAACAUCUCUGGUCUCCUUCCUCAUGUUGAUGCUCUUCACCUUGAUCUCGUUCGUGCUCCUGAGGAACUUGAUACCGUUCUUCCUCUCUUGAACAACAAGCAAAUUUUGUCUCUUGGUCUUGUUGAUGGUCGUAACAUUUGGAUCAACGAUCUUUCCAAGUCCAUCAAGUUGGCUCAAAAGGCUGUCGCUGCUCUCGGUACUGAUCGUGUCUUCAUUGCUCCUUCUUGUUCUCUUGCUCACUCUCCUUUCUCUACUGUCUUUGAAAAGAAGAUUGCUGCCAAGAACCCUGAACUCUUGAGCUGGUUGUCUUUCUCUGUUGAGAAGACCAAGGAAAUUGUCACCAUUGCUACUGCUAUUAACCAAGGUGUCGAUGCUGUUAAGGAUACUAUCGCUGCCAAUGCCGCUGCUCUUGAAUCUCGUCGUACUUCUCGUCAAACCUCCAACCCUGAAGUCCGUGAGCGUGCCUCUAAGAUCCCUGCUGCUGACUGGAAGCGUCCUGAUGUCUUUGAAGUCCGUAGACAAGCCCAAGUUAAGAAGCUCAACUUGCCUCUUUUCCCUACCACCACUAUUGGUUCUUUCCCUCAAAACAAGGAAAUCCGUGUUGCUCGUCAAAAGUUCAACAAGGGUGAGCUCUCUCCUGCUGAUUAUGAUGCUUUCAUCAAGGGUCAAAUGAAGUUCAUGGUUGAUUUCCAAGAAAGAGUUGGUUUGGAUGUCUUUGUUCAUGGUGAGCCCGAGCGUAACGAUAUGGUUGAACAUUUCGGUCACUUGCUCCAUGGUUAUGAUUUCACUGAAAACGGUUGGGUUGUCUCUUAUGGUUCUCGUUGUGUCAAGCCUCCUGUCAUCUUUGGAGAUGUUUCUCGUCGUGGACCCAUGACUAUUGAUGAGACCGUCUAUGCUCAAUCUCUUACCAAGAAGCCUAUGAAGGGUAUGUUGACUGGUCCCGUUACCAUGAUGAAGUGGUCUUUUGUUCGUGAUGAUAUCACCCUCAUUGAAGUCUGUACUCAAAUUGGUCUUGCUCUCCGUGAUGAAGUUGUUGAUCUCGAAACUGCUGGUAUUCCUUGUAUUCAAGUUGAUGAGCCUGCUAUCCGUGAGGGUCUUCCUAUUCGUCGUGCUGAUUGGGAUGCUUAUCUUGAAUGGUCUGUUGCUUGUUUCCGUCUCUCUACUGCUGGUGUCCGCAACGAGACUCAAAUCCACACUCAUAUGUGUUACUCUGACUUCAACGAUAUCUUUGAUGCCAUUUCUGCUCUUGAUGCUGAUGUUAUCACCAUUGAAAACUCCAAGUCUGACGAAAAGUUGCUCAAGAUCUUUGCUCUCAAGAAGUACAACAAGGAACUCGGUGCCGGUACUUUUGAUAUCCACAGUCCUCGUGUCCCUUCUGUCGAAGAAAUGAAGCAAAAGAUUGUUGAUUUGCUCAAGUACAUGCCCAAAGAAUUACUCUGGGUUAACCCUGAUUGUGGUUUGAAGACUCGUGCCUGGCCUGAAACUGAAGCUGCUUUGGCCAACAUGGUUGAGGUUGCCAAGAUCCUCCGUGCUGAAUACGCUUAAAUUCUACUUCAAGCAAAAUAUGUAAAAAAGUUCAACACUAAUUAGAUAUCCCGAUUUUUCUUAUAAUUCUGCCUUAAAACCCUUUCCCCACUUAUGUAAAAAGUUCAACACUGUAUAAUAGUCCAACAAAAAAAGUAUAUAUAUGCUUAUAUUCUUUGUUUCAAUAAUAAAAAAAUGAUUUUUACUCAUAAAAAAAAAAAAAAAAAAAAAAAAAAA